AUGGACGAUGCAGAUAUUAGAAAGGAGGACGGGAAUGAACCAAAUGCUAAAUUGAUCUCCUCCCUUCAUCUAUUUAGACCUGAAAGGUCUCCUCCCAACCUUUAUGAAGAGCUAGCUGAGAAGAGGCUUAAGAGGGGCCAGCUAGACGAAAGAAAGAUGCUAGUGGGAUUAAGGAGAAGACCUCUUGCUAGGUCCGAUAGGACGCAAAGGCAGAUAGAGUUGAAAUUUACAAACAAAGGCCUUGAGGAAAGAAGAGAUGGUCUUUCUCUAUCGGCACUUGUGUCUCAACAAAGUGAGUGCCUGUUCUCGACUUCUGAUGCUUGCUCUUCAACUCCUUUCUCCUCUAGCUUCGGUGAAUCACUUGCGCAAGAGAUAGAUAGUUUUUGA